AUGUCUAGAGCGGAAGAAUUAACUCAGGCCAUUAUGUUAACAUUGAUAGAAUUAACCGAAUGCAAUGCAAAGACAUCAUUACCAGAGACUUCCUUGUUAACAUCAGCCGAAUUUUAUGUUUACUUUAGCGAUGCCAUGGUCAGUGGAAACCUGCUAUUAUCACUAGUGCACACCAGCCAGGUUGUAGAAGUUAUGAAAUCAAUAACCCAAAGUUUACCUGAGAGCCUGGCAUUACCACCUGCUAUCCUCUUUGACGAGAUGCUCAGCCACAUACCAGUUAAGGUGGGUGUGAAUGCUGGACAUGUAAUACUCGUGAUGACAGUACCAAUAAUAAAGAAACCAAGACAUUAUUUUACAGUUAAGAUGAUAACUCACCCACUCCACCCACUUGUUUUUAUGGAUAAAAGGGAGCAACAAAUUGUGGCGUGGCUGAUGGAAGAAGUUACGAAGGAAAUAGAGGACCCAGAUAGUAGGAUUGACAAAGCAGAGAGUGACGCAGAUAGUGAUCACAGUGAACAUUGCACCGACACGGAACAGUCAUCAUGCUAA